UCGUUUGGUCGCAUUACUUCCUACUCAACACACGCAGGGUGUGCUCUGGGGUGAAACACAGAAAAUGCCUAGCUCUUGCAGCAGUACCUGAGAUUACAGGACGAGCUAUGCCAUAUGCAAUAACGAAAAAGUUGGACCUGGAGCUGCUGCCAGUACUUUCGCACGCCGUCGUCGUGCACUAGUUGAGCUGAAUUGCGCUGCCCUUCAAGGAUAGAGGCGAAGCAGGGAAGAGAGAGCGAGAGAGAGAGAGCAGAUUUUUUCACGUGCUCCCGAUCUCUGCAGGGGAAGAACACAGACCUGAACCAGAAGAAAGCGGCCCCAGUAGGUCUCGUCGUCGCCGUACCCCAGAAAGAAGAAGCAGAUCUCGACUCUUGCAGUUGCAGGUGAGCGUCGAGGAGCCGCAUCAUGGGAACUUUCAUUGGACACAUUCUUCCCGGCAUGGGCUUCAUCUUUAUCGGCCUCUGGCACCUGUACAACGUGAUAAGAAACUAUGUGGAAAGCCCUUGGAAUUACAAUUCGAGGGCCUGGUUCCCGACCAGGAUGAAGGGGGCUUUGAAGUACUUGGAACCGCUGGCAAUUAUGUUCGGGUCGCUGCUAUCAAUCUCGGCAGAGCUUUUCAUCUGUCCGUCAGCGCACCAGCCCCUUGCCGAUGACUGGUCGAUACCGAGCAAUCACUUGAAUAAUUUCGAGCACUCGACAAUCUCCCUGUUCUUCUUCAUAUUCGGGGCCAGCUGCCUGUGCAGCGAGCUGACCAAAAUUCAUCUUCCCUUCGGCCUCCUGCACCUCAUGGGAGCUUUCGCCUUCAGCCAGGAGCUCAUUCUCUUUCACUUCCACUCCGCGGACCACAUGGGACUGGAGGGCCACUAUCACUGGCUGUUGCAGAUUCCUAUCUUCGUGGGUCUGGUGUGCGCCCUGGUCGAAAUAGCAGCAAAGAAAACGUUCGUGGUGUCGUUCGUGAGGAGUGUGUCCAUAUUUCUCCAGGGCUGGUGGUUCGUCCAGAUGGGACUGACUCUGUGGAUUCCUGCUUUCACUCCCACGGGCUGCCAAAUGUCGGAACACGACGGUCACGAGGUCGUGCACUGUGAGACUAAAGAGGAUGAUAUGAGGGCCAAGGCUCUGGCAAAUUUGUACUUCAGCUGGUAUUUGGCGUCGAUCUUGAUAUUCUCUCUAUGCCUGUACGUGGGCAUGAUGUGUCACUUCAGCAAGCAGGUGCACUACGAACCAUUGGAGCAUAAUUUGAAGAUAGAACGCUCUCUCAAAGAUCUCGAAUCCCAAAUCUCUCCCAGGAGCUCCAACGGCGAUGGGUCUCUCAGCGUAGAGGAGAUGCAGGGUUUAACUUCCAUUGAGUUGGAAAGAUAGGAUCCGAUCAUCCGCUGGAAGCGACUGGACGACUGACCUCAGUUUGUAUCAAAACGUAACAUACUUACCACCUAGUAGGACGACAGGGAACAGGCAGCUGGUAUCACUCUGAAUUCAUGAUGCUUCCUCAUACUAUCGGUCGUCGUCCAGAAACGUGCACACUACGACAAUUUUGCCGACAACUCCUUUGUAAACACAACGUCAUGAUCCUCGGGAGUCGGAGAUAUUUUUGGCACAGCAAAGCAAAGCAAAGCAACUACAUGUACAUACACAUUAGUUUGUGAGAGUUAAAUGCUACGACUUGUAUCGUUGUCUAGAUUGUUUAGUCCUGUGUGAUUUGCUCUACGUGACAAAGCACGUUUCAUUGAUCUUACGUCAAUACGUUCCGUUCCCAGCUCUGGAAAAUUUCAAGUGAAAUUGCCCCGCACAAUCCGUGUACGAAAAGGGUGAUGGCUCUUGUCAUUGUUCGCAACCCUCUGCAAUAAAUUAUUGCAUUUUUUUGCAGUCCGGGCUCUCGCGCUCUUGCGCUGUUUGGCUCUCCUCUUUGUCCAGAACUUCUCCGGCUCGGAACUGUCGAUCAAUAUUUUACAGCUGAAUUUCUCGUUUGCAGCCACGAGAACCGGACGAUGGUUCUAUAAUAAAGCAAUGUUCUCGCUGUACUUUUCGCGUUUAAAUUAUCAUUCCUUCUAGCUGCCUGUAGUUAUAUGAUAGAAGAGUCGGACUUGACAGGGGAGGGUGCUGUACUUUUCGCGUCUAAAUUAUCAUU